AUGGACCCCCAAACUGACCUCCCCGAUCUCGUCGAAGACCUCGAAGUAAACAUCGACGAACUCACUACCACGCUCGCACCCCUCCUCAGCACCCAACUCCCCACAACCGCAUCCUCCCUGCCCCUCCUCGAUAAGGCAAAACUCUACGUCCUCGCCGCAUACAGCAUCGAAUCGCUGCUGUACUCAACGCUACAAGCCAGCGGCGUCAAUGCCAAAGAACACCCGAUAUUCAAGGAAUUGGCGCGGCUGAAGGGCUACUUUGGGAAAAUCAAGCAUGUGGAAGAGCGACCUGUUGUACCCAAGUCGAAGCUGGACGUUAGUGCUGCGGCACGGUUUAUCAAGCAUGGUCUGGCGGGUAAUGAGAAGUACGAUCUGGAGCGCGCGGAGCGGAUGGCGAAGGAGCGGGCGAGGGCGCAGUUGAAAGCACGGCAGAUCAACAAGAAGUUCGAUGAGGAGGGAAGGGAAUAUAUUGCGCCGAAGAAGAGGGGCGCUGACGAAGUCGUGGCCGAGGAGGAUGAUGGUGAAAUGUUGACUGGCCUCGAGGACGCGCCGUCCAAGAAGCCCAAACUCGCAGAGGAGGCAGAUAUGGAAGUGGAUGGCGACUCUGCAGCCUCGCAGCCCAGACCCCGGAAAUCCAAGCGCGGGAAGAAGAAGAGCAAGUCCACGGAGACGUCUGAUGCAGAUAUCGAGUCGCAAGAACCAUCGCAGGAAGCCGCAGAAGCUCAAGACGAUGAGGCCGAGCCAGCGUCCACCCGCCCGAAGAGAAAACAGCGCGGCAAGAAGAACAAGGCGAGCGCAGACGAAGCUGAGCAAGAAACUGCCACACCAACGCGAACAACGCGGAGUAAAAAGGCCGGUGCGAAUACGGGUGGUGAAGAGGCAGAGGCGCCAAAGAAGCGCGGACGGCCGAGGAAGUCGAAGUGA